CCAGACCCACUCACAUACAGGAUUAUCCUGCAGCUUGUUACAAUCACUGUUCAACAGGAAUAAAGUCCAAUUUGGUCACGGAUGUGAGUGCUUCACUAAGCCACGGGAGAGGAAGUUUUAGGGUUAAACAAAACCGCCAGUGACAUGGUAUGAGACAUGAGUUUUUUAAAGAGAAGGGGACUUUCAAUUUCACUUGUGGCUCAGCCGUCAAGCUAUCAAUAAUGGCAUCUGCUGGUCUGCAGGAGGAGCUGAGCUGCUCCAUCUGUCUGAACAUUUACACAGAUCCUGUAACGCUGAGAUGUGGACAUAACUUCUGCCGGGUCUGUAUUGGGUGUGCACUGGAUACGCAAGAGGGGUCUGGAGUUUAUACCUGUCCUGACUGCAGAGAAACAUUUCAGAAGCGUCCGAUACUGUACAGAUCUAUAGCGCUGCGUAACAUAGCAGACCAUUUCCAUUCCACUCAGACAGAACAGACCGAGACUGGAAUUUUUUGUACUCACUGCACUCAAUCUUCUGUGCCUGCUGUUAAAUUCUGUCUGCUGUGUAAAGUGUCCCUAUGUCAUAAACACUUGAGAGUACACAGCAAAUCAGCAGAACAUGCCCUAACUGACCCCAUCACUUUUCUGGAGAACAAACAAUGUUCAAUUCACAAGAAAAUUCUGGAGUAUUACUGCACUGAAGACAAGGCUUGCAUUUGUGUCACCUGUUCCCUGGCUAGAGACCACAAAGGACACAGCGUGGAGCCGUUAGAUGGAGCUUUUGAAAAGAAGAAGCAUAAGCUGAGACAACUUCGGGAGAAAUUGACUUCAAAGAGAGAGGAGACUGAGAAAGGAGUCCAGAAUCUACAGGUACACAGGAGAGAGGUGCAGGAGAAAGCAGCGGGUGUAACAGAUAGAGUCGCUGCCCUGUUUAACAACACCAGGAAGCAACUAGAAAGGCUAGAGAAGACAACCCAGAGUGAGAUCUCCAGCUGGGAAAAGAACAUUUCACUAUCAGUCUCUAAUCUAAUCCAGCAGCUGGAAAUGAAGAAGGAUGGUUUGUAUAGUAAAAUACUUUACAUUGAUGAACUGUGCAACCUGAAAGAUGCAAUAUCUGUCUUACAAGAGCAGGAGUCAGACAGUGGUGACUUUUGGAAUGCCAAGGAUGGAGAAAAUGCGGACAGAGAGGGACACGAUAACAAAGUUCUUGAUGUAAGUGAUCUGGAUAAAGGGAUCUCAGAGGCAUUACACUCAGGUUUAUCUGAAAUUAUAAAAGGUGUAAAAAGAGGGAUCAAUUUGCUGGAGCCAGCAGACAUAGUACUGGACAUAAACACAGCUGGUAAUUAUAUACAUAUAUCAGAUGACUUGAAAACUGCAACACAGUUACAACUAAACCAGAAUCGCUCCGAAAUCAAAGACAGAUUUCAAUGCAAUCAGGUUUUAAGUACCAGGAGUUUUGCAUCAGGACAACAUUACUGGGAAGUAGAGACCAGUAGAUCAGGGAACCUAAGAGUAGGGAUGUGUUAUCCCAGUAUAGACAGGAAGGGAUAUCAGGCAUGGAUUGGCGAUAAUAAGAAGUCAUGGUGUUUGCGCAGGUGGCAUAAUAAUGACAGUAAUCAGUAUUCUGUGAUGCAUGACAGUAAAGUCACCCAGUUACCUACCAAGUUUUCUUUUCCUAAACUUAGAGUCUAUCUUGACUAUGAGGCAGGGCAGUUGUCCUUUUAUGAACUAGGUGGCCCAGUCAGACACUUAUACACCUUCAAUGCUACCUUCACUGAGCCCCUUCAUGCUGCACUCUGCAUAUGGAGAGAUGGCUUUAUAAAGAUAUGUGGCUAAGAAUCAGGAGCUACCAGAAAUUACAGUCAUGUAGUAUAAUCUGCUCAAAGAAUAGUAACUCUACAGAGGAUUCUAGUUGGGUGCCGGCAUGUCACAUGACCGACACCGACAUUCCGACAAUGAAAAUGCCGACAGGGGAUGGGGUAAUUAUUUUACAUGUCCCCUCCCCUAAUCCUAACCCUCCUGGAGUGGCAGCAGGGUUAAGAUUCGUGGGGUGGCGGCUAGGGCUAAAACUCUGGUGGGGGUGGCUAGGGCUAAAACUCAGGGGUUGACAGAUAACCACCCCUCCUCUAGUGCCUAACCCUAAACCCUUACCCCCCCUCCCCCGGGCCCUAACCCUAACAGUCACCAUAAUACUUACCUUUGGGAUGUUGGAGGUCAGUGUUCGGUGCCAGGAUACCGAAUGGUGUCAGGAUUCUGGCGUCAGUCACAUGACUGCUGGCAUCCCGACUGCCGGGAUGCUAACUGCAUCCCUCCUAGUUAUCAUAGGCAAAACCCCUCAAUGUAGAGCGUUUACCUAUUUAUCAAAGUCCUCUUCUUUUCAUGGCAUUAGCUGGGGCACCUACAGGAAAAAAAUGCUUAAUUAUUAAAAUAAAGCAUUUUUUUUCUGCGUUUUCUGUUUUUUUUGUGCCGCAUCACUGAGCUGCUCCGGUGCCCCUUUUAUUUUUUCAUUUUCUAUAGAUGCAAUGAGCAGUGAUAAAAUGUGUUCAAUUUAUGCUUAAAAAUAGAUGACCUUCAAGUGGACUUCUAACUACAGCAGUGUUUCAAACCUUGGUCCUCAGAGCACACUAACAGUCCAAGUGUUAAGGCUAGCCUUAUUUGAGCACAGGUGACUUAUUUAGUACCUCAGUUAAAGUUUGAUUUAUCCAUCUAUGCUCAAGUUGGGAAACACUGAACUAGAGGAAGUUUUAUAAGCCAUAACAAUAGUAUACUGCACACAUAAUUGGAUUGUAUGUAGUUUUUUUUCCCCUCCCCCGUCCUCUAAAAUUCAUUCAUAAUUAUUUUCAGUUUAAUCCCACGCUCACUUUACAUUGGUUUGGGCCUACUCAGAGCACACAUCUCAGUAAUCUUGUUCGGGAUCCGGUCUCUAGGUCGACAGUAACUAGGUCAACACUAUCUAGGUCAACCACUAUUGGUCGACAGUAACUAGGUCAACAGGGUCUCUAGGUCGACAUGUUCUAGGCCGACAGGUCAAAAGGUCGACAUGAGUUUGUCACAAUUUUUUUCUUUUUUUGAACCUUUUCAUACUUAACGAUCCACGUGGACUACAAUUGGGAAUGGUAACCUGUGCCGAACGCAGCGGUAGCCCACUAACUGUGGUUCCCGGUCACUCUACAAAGAAAACAACCCACAAAAAAUGCAUGUCGACCUUUUGACCUGUCGACCUAGAACAUGUCAACCAAGAGACCCUGUCGACCUAGCAUCCCUGUCGACCUAGUUACUGUUGACCAAUAGUGGUCAACCUAGACACUGUCGACCUAGUUACUAUCUACCUUCCACACCACACCCUCUUGUUCUGCCCUAUGGCAUCGCAGCAUCCCUGUAAUUACAGACUAAAUUCUCAUUUUGUUACAACCAAAGAUGAGACAAAACAAAUUAUAAUAAUUUGUGUGAAUAUAAUUCAGUGUGAUUGUGUGUUAUGAAUAAGAGAUUUUUGCUAAACGUAUAAGCAGUUUACAAAUAUAAACAACAUACUGACUCAUUUUUGUUGUUGUUGCUGUAACCGCUGUUCAUCCCAUAGUUUGAUAUGUGUGUAUGUACUUAUAAUCAAUUAAAAAUGUACUCUAUACAUUAUA